AAAACCGCGCCAACCUUAGCAUUGUUUUUUUUUACUGUUUAUCUUUCAUUGCAAACAUAACCUCACAUCACAUUUAGUUUAAUUCGAAAUCGGCGUAUCGGCUCCAACAUUGAAAAUAUUUUACUAUUUUAGUGGGAUCCCUCUAUUUCUAUUACUCAGUUAUCGAUUAGGCGAUCGAAAAUUACGAAUAAUAAAAAUAAAAUGUCGUUAAAACUUGGAGAACCGUUUCCGGAUUUUUCCGUGAAAACAACGUUCGGAGAUAUGCAAUUGCAUGAGUACUUUGGGGACAGCUGGGGAAUCUUAUUUUCACAUCCAGGUGACUUUACCCCUGUAUGCACCACAGAACUAGCCCGCGUGGUCCAGUUGAAAGACGAAUUCGCGUCUCGUAACUGCAAAGUAAUCGGUUUGUCUUGUGACUCUAUCGAAUCUCACUUGGAAUGGACGAAAGACAUCAAGGUUUACGCAGAAGUAUUUGGUGAAGAUUUUCCCUUUCCGAUUAUAGCAGACAAAGAUUGGGAACUCGUCGUAGAGCUGGGUAUGCUGGAUCCAGAUGAGAAAAAUGAUACUGGAUUACCUCUUCCUGCCCGAGCAGUGUUUAUAAUAGAUCCUAAGAAAAGAAUGAGGUUGUCUAUCUUGUAUCCUGCCACCACUGGACGAAAUUUUGAUGAAAUUCUUCGUGUACUGGAUUCACUUCAGCUUUGUGAUAAGUACCAGGUCGCAACUCCUGUAGAUUGGAAAAAAGGAGAUGACGUUAUGGUGCAACCGUCUCUCUCUGAAGAACAAAGGAAGAAAUUGUUCCCAUCUAUAACGAUGCAGUCUUUGCCUUCGGGUAAAAAUUACAUUCGAAAGACUGCAAUGCCUGAUAUAAGUAAAUCUCGCGGAGAUUGCCAGAAAUAAUGUUUUAAACUAUCUUGAUCUGUUAGUUUUUUAAAAUUUAAGUUAUAAUUAUGUUAAGUUUCCGUUCAUUUUAGAAUAUUUUCUGGUGAAAAAGAAUCUUUUGCAAAUUAUCUAUACUUACACACACAUGUAUUGCUUUUAAAAUACAGGAAUACUGGACACCAAUUUCGCAUAUCCAUCCAAAAAACAAAACCAAGUUAUACAACAUACAAAAUAUGUAACACCGCUAAAACGAAACCAAAAGUUGAUAUCCCUCCCUGUUAAAGAACAAGAACUUUCUUCUUGCAUUAAGAGUUCCAAUUUUAAGAUUUAAUCAUUAAGCGCGAUAUGAAUAUUUAUUAAAAAUAAAUUUAAUUAUGUCUUUUCA